CUCGUUCGUCUCUCCCGGCUGCUGAGGGUGUGGAGAGCGGGGCGUGUCCUGGAUCCAGCGCCCCGGUAUUGAGCCAGCACCAACUCGCACCGAAGAGGAGGGGGGAGCAGCAUCCAGGAAGCCUCUUCUUGGACAAGUCGCGGGGUCGCCCCCUGUUCGGAGCAGUCAUGGGGAUAGAAAAGGAGAAAGCCGAUGCUCGCAUCUUCAUAGACGAGGACGAGUUCAACCGCUCCUCUGCCCCCAUGAUCACUGAGAAAAGCUACGAAAGUGAACCGGACCGGGACCCGCACAACCUGAACGGCCACCUGAAGCUGUCCUUCCAGGAUGUGAUAGCAGAGCCGGACAGUACGCACAGCUUCGAUAAGGUGUGGAUCUGCAGCACCGCCCUGUUCGAGAUCAGUAAAUACCUUCUCUACAAGGUGCUCACUGUCAUCCUCGCCAUCCCGCUGGCCUUCGUCACAGGACUGCUCUUCGCCAUCCUCAGCUGUCUGCACAUCUGGGUUGUGAUGCCAUUCGUGAGAACCUGUCUAAUGGUGUUACCGAGUGUACAAGCGGUAUGGAGGGGCCUUACAGACAGCUUUGUAGCCCCUCUUUAUGCAAGCAUGGGACGCUGCUUUUCAUCAGUCCGCUUGAGAAUAGAUCGUCCAUUUUAACCAGUCGAUGCCAAGAAUAUAUCAGAGCACCUAGUGAUAAUACAGUUCAUCCUUCACUAAUAUGCUCGGUCCACAGAAAGUGUCCUUAACACUUCCAGAUCUACUCCAGCUACGAAUGCUCGUCUUAUUCAGUCUGUGUACUGCGCAGCACCUUACUGGAACAAGAACAAAUGAAAGAGGAUAGUACUAGUCUUAUAUUUAUUAUACAGCGCAGUGCCAGGGCGUUUUAUAGGAAACACAGGGCUGGGGCAUGGCGCUGAAAACUUUUGGGAUCCUUCUUCUGUAGAAUGAACCACAUCCAGUCAGCUCCUCUUUCCUCCUAAGAUCAAUGUCUUCAUACGUAACAACAUGCCCUAAACAACCAGAGGACUACUCUGUCAGGUAAACAUUAACUAAAAAUGUAUUUUCCAAAAUUGGACAACCCCUAAGUAAAUCAUACAUGUCUCGGCGAUCCGUCAUCAGUUUCAUGGUCACCAACUAAGAGCAGCAUAAACUGGUGACUGAUCCCCUCAGCAACACCCUGGGUCACCUUCUUGAAUUGAUCCAGCAGUUUUUCUAAAAUCUGUGUAGAACAAUGUCGGAGCGUACACCGUAAAGUCCUCAUAUACAUGAGGUCCCGGCCCUCCGCGCCCCACUGCCACUGAUGUACAGAUUUUCUGCUAUAGCAGAAAGCAGUGAAGGGACGGAGAUAGUAGGGUCCCCAUGAAUAUCAGGAAGAACUGGAGAUGUUCAGUACAGUCUAUAGCAAAACGGCUGGGUCAGCUAAAGAAAGUGAGCCAAGGGGAUCUGUCAAUAGUUUAUGCCACCCUUAGGACACCAUAAAACUGGUGACAGACUCUUUUCACCUGGCCAGUUUUAUUGAUGGGCAAGAAAGUCAUCUCUUUGACUUGGUCAGCUUUGUCUAAUCAUUCUUAUGGAGCAAAAU